AUGGAUGCAAUGUCUUUAAUUCAAAGAUAUGGAAAACCCGAUGUAUUUUUAACAAUGAUAUGCAAUCCAAAUUGGCCUAAAAUUAAACAAGAAUUGAAACAUAAUGAUGAAAUACAGAAUAGGCCUGACUUGUUAGCACGAAUAUUUCGAUCUAAGCUUAAGGAACUAAGAACAUAUUUAUUAAAAAGGGAAAUUCUAGGGCAUGUAGUUGCUUGUGUUUAUGCGAUUGAAUUCCAAAAAAGAGAUCUUUCUCACGUUCAUUUUCUUCUUAUAUUUAAACCAAAAUUUAAGAUUAUUAAUUCUAUGCAAGUUGAUGAAAUUCUUUCGUGUGAAAUACCAGAUGAAAAGCAAAAUUCUUACCUGCAUGCUACUGUGAUCAAACAGAUGAUGCAUGAUUCUUGUGGACAAUUAAAUCCUACAAAUGUUUGCAUGAAAAACAACCAUACAUGCAAAAAUAAAUAUCCAAAAGAAUAUAUUUUACAUACUUCUUUAAGUAAUAAUUCUUCCUCGCUUUACAAAUGUCAUAACGAUGGUGUUAUUGUUAGAGUCAGAGGAUACAUACUAGACAAUAGAUAUGUUAUACCAUACAAUCCGUAUAUUUUAGCUAAAUAUGAUUGUCAUAUUAAUAUAGAAAUAUGUUAUUCUGUUAAAGCUAUGAAAUAUUUAUAUAAAUAUGUAUACAAAGGACAUGAUCGUGUUAAUUUUGCUGUGAAUAAAGAAACCAAUGAAUAUUAUAUUGAUGAAAUUUCAAAUUACCAAAUUGCUAGAUGA